AUGAGAUUGAGACAAGCAAGGCACUUACUCUUCUCGACAAUCGGAGCUGGUGCUUGCGUCAUAUUCUGGCUCGCUACUAAACAGUGGUUGAAGGAUCGUCUGGAUGUCUUGGGAGCGACCUCAAAGGCAAGAAAAAGGCCACCCUCCGGCCAUAUUUUUCACUCUCUGCACCUAGACGAGAAUCAGUGCGAGGCUGUCUUCCCCGGCCUAACCAACGACAUCAACUACAACGUUGCACUGGGUCCCUUUAAGUUGACGCUUGGUGGGAGUCUCGGCCCUCUCCAAGUUCGCAUCAAAAAUGGUCGGCUUUACAUUGCUCCUCGGAAGGACGCUGUUGCAUUGUCGUCAGAAUUGCUCGAAGCUCAGUCUGCAGCUCUUCACCAGAUUGACAGAGCAAUUAUCACUUCGCCAGAGCUCUUGCCAAAUACGAUUCUAUCCAUCAACAUCCGUGAUCAACCGUUUGGAGCUGCCUUUUCCUACGCACGGCCAGCAUACGCAGCUCCAUCAGCGAACACUCCGCCCGUCACUCGGGCCUUUCUGAUGCCACACUUUUCCUUCUGGAGUUGGCCCUUGCCCUUCAUUGGCUCCAUGUCCAGAGCUGCAGCUGCAACAGACGCCAUCGAACGAGAGGUUCCGUUCACACGAAAGAUCCCCAAAGUUGUCUGGCGUGGCACAAGAAGCUGGAGCAGUUCAUAUCAUCCACGCCAACGAGAAGACCUCAUACGGGUUACGAAGGGUGCUCCUUGGGCAGACGUCCAACCGUUGACUGGGUAUGGACCUGUGACUCAUAAGACCGACACAGGUGACAGCAGGCCACAUCGAGAGGAUACCAGCAAUGCCCUCAUGAUUGAGGACUUUUGCAGAUACAAGUACAUCAUCUAUACCGAAGGUGUAACCUAUAGUGGGCGCCUACAGUUCCAUCAGAUGUGCAAGAGCGUGCUCCUCUCUCCACCGAUUGCGUGGCUGCAGCACACAACGCACCUUGUUCGCCCACUCUUCUCGAGCGAUCUACCAUUGAUCCAGCGCAAUGGGACAUCCAAGAGCUGGCAAGGGUCUGCUGGAGAACAGGAGGCCUGGCCAGUACACUACCGGCCCAAAGAGGCUAACGUGAUCUUUGUGGCGCCGGACUGGUCUGACCUGGAGGCGACUGUGAAUUGGUUGGAAGAGCACCCGGGAACGGCUGAAGGGAUUGCUACGAGACAGAGAGACCUGUUCGUGGGCAGGGGGUAUCUGAGUCCGGCAGCGGAGACGUGUUAUUGGCGAUCACUGAUCAAGGGUUGGAGUAAGGCCGUACAAAUCGAAGAGAACGAGUCUACAUGGGAAGUGCAGAAUCUCAUUCCGUGGGAGACGUUCGUCCUGGGUAACCACACUUAA